UCGAUCCAUGAUUUUUCACUCAAAUCAUUUUUAUGAGCUCCAAAAGUUUCAAUCUUUGGUCAUAAUUCGUCAAAAGGAGCAUGAUUGCUGAGGCCCCAUCAUCUUCCUCCUCUGCCACGGCUCUUAACUUCAAGCCUAGUAACAGCGUUGCUCAUGCUCCGGUUGCUCCGCUGGGGGAUCAUGAAGCUCACCAUUUCCAGCCCUUCAAGCGGUGGAUCCCGUGGCUGGUUCCGUCGUUCGUGGUGGCCAACGUGGCGUUGUUUAUCGUGACAAUGUAUGUGAAUGAUUGCCCCAAACAUUACGUUGUUGGUGGUUCUUGCUUUGCUCCUUUUCUCGGAAGGUUCUCCUUUCAGCCCCUCAAACAGAACCCUCUUUUUGGUCCUUCUUCAUCCACAUUAGAAAAGAUGGGUGCACUCAAAGUGGACAAAGUGGUUCAUGGACACCAAGCUUGGCGCCUCUUCUCUUGCAUAUGGUUACAUGGUGGGGUCAUCCAUUUGCUUGCCAAUAUGUUGAGCCUAGUUUUCAUUGGAAUUCGCCUUGAGCAAGAGUUUGGAUUUGUUCGAAUUGGAUUGCUGUAUGUGAUAUCCGGGUUUGGAGGGAGUUUACUGUCUGCUCUGUUCAUACAGUCGGGAAUAUCUGUUGGUGCUUCUGGUGCACUAUUUGGCUUACUAGGAGGCAUGUUAUCGGAGCUCUUAACAAAUUGGACUAUAUAUGCUAACAAGUUUGCUGCUAUGGUGACUCUUCUUGUUAUCAUUGUAAUCAAUUUGGCUGUUGGCAUCCUUCCACAUGUUGACAAUUUUGCUCAUAUUGGAGGCUUUAUCUCAGGUUUUCUUCUUGGAUUUGUCUUCCUGAUUCGGCCUCAUUAUAAAUGGGUUAGCCAAAGAAAUUCUCGACCUGGGUCUGCACGCCCUCCCGCAAACUCUAAGCACAAUCCUUAUCAGUAUGUACUUUGGAUCGUGUCUUUCAUAUUACUUAGCGCCGGAUUGAUUACUGGGCUGGUUUUGCUCCUUAAAGGGGUUAACUUGAAUGAUCACUGCUCUUGGUGUCAUUACUUAAGUUGUGUCCCCACCGCAAAAUGGAGCUGCAAACCUCGAGAAGUAUAUUGUGAAUCGACACGAAUCGGAACCCAACUUAACAUGAUAUGCUUGAGCAACGGGAGAAAUCACAUGUUUACAGUGCCGAAGAGCAGCUCGGUUCAGGCUCAAUUGCUUUGUUCUCAACUUUGUAGUUGAUAGAUUGGUGCAACACUCAUUAAACGAACUUUGUGUAUAUGUUAUGGUUCAUUCUUGCCUGUGCAGAGAAGUGUCUGUAUUAGCAAUGAUGAUUGUUAACAAUGGAUGUUGUCUCCACCAUAUCACUAAUGUAUUCUUUGUCAGUGAUAUUACCAUCUCCCAGUUAUGAAUAUGUUCUAUUAUUCAUUUAUUGGGAGAUGGAAUGUGUGGAAUUUGUACUUCAUGAAAGAAAAAUAACACACAAGAAAAGAGGAAAUGCUGUCCAAAGGACAAAAAUGUAUCUCUCUAGAUUUAGUCAAGGAUCUUAUUAUGGAUCACACAUCAAUUUUCAUCAUAAUGCUUAGUCACUGCAAUGGAAGUUAUUAAUAAAAGUGAAGGAUGCGAAAUAUACAAGCUUAAUUGUUUUUCA